CAAGAGCAAGAGCCAAAGCCGCUCAGCUUUUGCGAAUGAGCGUCACGCUCGUCAUCCUAGUCUCCGCUUCUGCCGCACGCCGGUCGAGCAUCUCCAGUCCGACAGCUUUCGUCCACCUCUCUCUUCCCCACGCCGGCGGUGAGCGGCGGGCGAUCGACAGACCGGCAAACACUUCUCGAGCCACAAACCAGGAAUACAAGAUCGAGGCACCGCCCGAUGUGGUGGACCUCUUCUCAUUCUCAAGUGAGGCUCCAGACUGGCGGGGCGCCUGCGCCUCCGUUGACCGCGCCGACUCCUCGCUGCUCGAGGUCGAGCAGGCCGAGCUCGAGCGGAGUGACCAGGGAGAGAGCGAGGCACCCGACAUGGACACGACCGGCAGCGCUCCCUGGUACCGCCUUGUGGGUACCCUCGUGCUCGAGUCCGGGGAGCCACCCGGCUGCUGGGCCGCCCCUGGCAUGGAGCGCGCGGACCAGGCGAUCAGCGUGGACCAGGCGAUCAGCGUGAACCAGGCGAUCAGCGUGGACCAGGCGAUCAGCGCGGAGAUCAACACGGCCGAGACGAACACGGCCGGCAGCUCUCCCCUCCUCAUCGGUGCCCUCAUGGGGUGCCUGGGCUUCUCUGUCGUGGCGCUGUCGUGGAGCGGCUCCUCGGCCAGCAAGACUGGCCCCGACAAGGUCGACGGCCAGAAGCGCUCGAGGCGCGCCAAGGAGAACGAGGUCGUGGCACUGACUGGCAGCACUCAGAUCUUCUUCUUCUUCUUCUACUUUGUCGCAAUGGUCGGCUUGUGCGGCGUGGCCUACGAGGCCUUGAACACUCGGGGGCGCGGCGCCAUGUCGGGUCUCCUAUCCGUCAACAGCAUCGUGCCCGACUCGUGUGCGGCCGACGCAGCUUGGCAGGCCCGGAGGCUGGUCGAGACGGGCCUCGUCGGCGCGGGAGCCUUGCGGCUCGGGCGA